CCGCACGGGGAGAGGUACACUGAGGCACUUACAGCUGGGAUAGAGCAGGGACAUGGCUGUUGCUGGCUCAUGUCACCAUUAUCCGGUACCAUGUGGCUAUGAAAUAGGGAUUUGGGUCUGUGACCCCGAUCACAUGACUUAAGACUGACCCCCUUCCUGGCUUCCCACCCCAUCUCCUCAUAACACCCACCUCAGCCUCAUUAUACCUAACCUGGUUACCCUAUAAUGCCUCAUCUCUGCCUAAUAAUGGUCUCCUGCUGUCCUGUAACUCGUAUUAUAUCCUCUGUAUGCCCCUCUCACCCUCCCAGUGCCCACCCCAUAGUGCCCAUCUCACACCCACAUAUAGGUCACCCCAUAGUGCCCAUCUCACACCCACAGAUAGGUCACCCCAUAGUGCCCAUCUAACACCCACAUAGGUCACCCCAUAGUGCCUACCUCACACCCACAUAUAGGUCACCCCAUAGUGCCCAUCUCACCCCUACAUAUAGGUCACAACAUAGUGCCCAUAUACCUUCCGCAUAUUGGUCACCCUAUAGUUCCCAUCUAACACCCGCAUACACGUCACCCUAUAGUGCCCAUCUAACACCCACAUAUAGGACACCCCAUAGUGCACAUCUCACACCCACAUAUAGCUCACCCCAUAGUGGCCAUCGCACACCCACAUAUAAGUCACACCAUGCUACCUGUGACCUGAUGCUGCUCACACAAAGCAAUCACAGAUUUGUUUUGAGUCUCACGGGACCUUGACCGAUAGGGGAAUCCCUGUUACUGACUCCAUCCAUUGUGCAGAAGACAUCUCAACAUUGAGGAGUCAGAUCCUUGUUACUAGAAGAGGUGUCCUGUAUUAGUCACCGAGACAUUGAGGAUGGACAAGAACAGGAGUCACACAACUGAGAGGAUACUAAAUCUCACCCUGGAGAUCAUCCGUCUGCUGACUGGGGAGGAUUACACUACAGUGAAGAAGACAUCUGAAAGAGUGUGAAACACUCAGCAGCUGCCCCCGUGCGUCAGGAGGACUGAGCAGGACCCAGAGCCUCAUCACGGUGCCUCCUCCUCACUCACUGAUACAUGAGAGGCACAAUGACCAGAAGAUCCUGGAACUCGCCAACAAGAUCAUUCAGCUGCUGACUGGAGAGGAGUGGGAGUAUGAAGAGGAACACAGGGGUCUGUACAAGGACGUGAUGAUAGAGAAUCACCGGCCCCUCACAUCACUGGAUGGAUCCAUUAACAGAAGUGCACAAGAGAUAUGUCGUCGGUCUCUUUAUUCUCAGGACCAUACAGAGGAGAAUCACAGGAUCCUACAGAGGAAUCAGGGUGAAGAUCUGACUAAUAUUAAGGUAGAAGAUGUAGAGGGAGAAGAGAUGUAUGUGAUUGAUAUAAAGGCAGAAGAUACAGAGGGAGAAGAAAAGAGGAAGAGGACUGAUUUGAAGACAGGAGAUAAAGAGGGAGAAGAAGAGACCUAUGUGACUGGUGUUAAAGUAGAAGAUAAAGAGGGAGAAGAAGAGACGUAUGUGAUGGGUAAUCAGCUGUGUAAGGAGGAGGAAAUACCUACAAGUAUCAGCACAGCAGAUGGAUGUAACAGAAGAAAUAUAUGGCAGGAGCAUCUCCCUUUAUCUCGAGAAUGUAACAUAGAAGAUAACAUCAGAAGAGAUUCUCCAGCAGAAACUCCUAUUACCUCAAUUAUGCAUGCAGGUCUUCACAGUACAGAUCUGUCAUCUGACCCCACUUAUCAUGAGGAAUGUUCUGAUAGAGUAGAUACCAAAUGCUUUAUACAGAACACAAAGCCUAUUACCCAUCAACCAGCUAAGAUAUUUCCAUGUUCUGAGUGUGGGAAAUGUUUUUCUCGCAAAUCUUAUCUUGUUAGACAUAGGAAAAUUCACACAGAUGAGAAAGCAUUUCCAUGUUUUGAGUGUGGAAAAUGUUUUGCUCGCAAAUCACAUCUUGUUAGGCAUUGGAGAACUCACAGAAGUGAAAGGCUAUUCUAUUGUGCAGAGUGUGGGAAAGGUUUUCCAGACAAAUCAUAUCUUGUUAUACAUGAGAGAACUCAUACGGGUGAGAAACCAUUUCCGUGUUGUGAGUGUGGGAAAUGUUUUACACAGAAAACAGAACUUGUUAUACAUAUGAGAAGUCACACAGGUGAAAAGCCAUUUAGAUGUUCUGAGUGUGGGAAAUGUUUUACGCGGAAAUCAGUUCUAGUUAUACAUGAGAAACUUCACACAGGUGAGAGACCAUUUUCAUGCACUGAGUGUGAGAAAUGUUUUAUACAGAAAUCAGAACUUGUUAUACAUGAGAGAAGUCACACAGGUGAGAGACCAUUUCAAUGUCCUGUGUGUUGGAAAGCUUUUGCACGGAAAUCAGUUCUUUUUCUACAUCAAAGAUGUCACACAGGUGAAAGGCCGUUUUCAUGCUCUGAGUGUGGAAAAUGCUUUUUAUACCAGUCACAUCUUGUUAGGCAUAUGCCAAGUCACACAGGUGAGAAAACAUUUCCAUGUUCUGAGUGUGGGAAAAGUUUUAUACGGAAAUCUUCUCUUGUUAUACAUGAGAGAAGUCACACAGGUGAGAAGCCAUUUCCAUGUUCUGAGUGUGGGAAAUGUUUUACACAGAAAUCAGAUCUUGUUAUACAUGAGAGAACACACAGGUCAGAAACCAUUUUCAUACUCUGAGUGUGGGAAAUGUUUUACACACAACCUAGGUCUUAGUAUACAUGAGAGAAGUCACGGGUGGGAAACCAUUUCCAUGUUCUGAGUGUGGGAGAUGUUUUACAUAGAAAUCACAUAGAGAAGUCACACAGGUGAGAAGCUAUUUCCACCUUCUGAUUGAGAUAAAUGAUAGAAUUCAUGUAUUUUAAACAUUACAUUAGUCACACAUUUAAACAGGUAAAUCUUGCAUAUUUGCAGGGUGAAAGCAUUUUGUCCUAAAGAACAGAUUUAAUAAGAGCGUAUUAGGCAUAUUAUAUCACCAGGCACAUGUCCUUCAUUGACUUUUCACAUCCUUUCAUUAUAUAAAGGAUUAAGCUGUUAUUGUUUGUGCUCCUUGUCUUGUAUUCAUGUUUUUUUUUUUUUUAUGCAUUUGGCAAUAUAAUAUCCGCCCACUGAGCAGAUGGGAAGGAAAGUCACUUUUCAGUGUGUAGAGUCGUUUUUGGAGUUAUAUUAUGUAAGUGGUAUAUGUGGACAUGAACGGUGCCCAUGGGGAUUAAUAAAGCCUAGAUAAAGGGCCACCAAUCAGCUCCUAACGGCCAUGUUACAGGCUGUGUUUGAAAAAUGACAGGAGCUGAUUGGUUGGCACUUUAUCACAGUGCAAUUUAGCACUCUCCAAGGCUCGAUAAAAAUGGACCAUAGUCUGAUAAAUGCUACAUUGUAAUAUCUUGUGCUAUUUUGUUGCCUUUUGCUUCAUUUAAUUUUUUAUGUAUUUUUGUUAGCAUUAUUGGGGUGUCAUAAAUGUUCUUGUUAUAGAAACUUCUCCAGUGUCUAUGGUAGUGUUAGUGAGGUGCUGUGUGUGACACCCCACUGGGGAUGUGUGUGACACCCCACUGGGGUUGUAUGUGACACCCCACUGCGGGGGGGGGGGGGGGGGGGGGUGAUGUAAUAAUAGGCAUAGCCGGUUUCCAGUAGGAAAAGGUAGAACAAUUAAUAUCAGCAACAAAUGAGGUUAUUGCUGCUACAAAAGGAUACAUCUGUGUGUAAUAAAUACUUUCCAUGUAAA